CACACUACUCGACCCCGGUCCGUCGGACUGUUUCUUCUUCCUGCCUCACGGGGAAGUUCUACGGUUCUGGAGACGCUCCCACCCAGUGGUCUGUCGUCACCACUUGACCCGGUCGCUCAGACCCGGGGAUGGUCCAGUUUUACUGCGCAGAACCGAAGGUUCUUUGUUACUUCCUUUUUAGGCAGCACCCAGUCUGACCCGGAACACGAGUCGGACCCGCAAUCUGUGGGAAGGUUCGAUUUGCACCGCAUGACCACACUGAGCGUGGAGGCGCCGGGCAUCCGCUAAACACCGCCCCCCGCAUGUGCCCCGGUGACCCAAAACGGGCGCGGCCGAAGCCAGGUGACGUCACAUUGGGAGCCCUCGCUUUCCAGCAGGGAUUUGUCCGCUGUUACUCAUGUCGACACAGAGGAAGUUGUUCCGAUAACAAAAGCUGUUGCCUACGACUUUUUAUGAUAAAGCAGGAGCGACUUUGCGCGUGAUUUGGCCCAGGCGUCGUGUCCACACCAUGUCUUUCAUCCCAGGUCAGCCGGUGACCGCUGUGGUGGAAAGAGUUGAGAUCAAGAAGUUGUUCCAGGGAGGUAAUCUGAUCCUGGGCUUCAGCAUUGGAGGAGGGAUCGACCAGGACCCGGGGCAGAACCCUUACUCUGAGGACAAGUCAGAUAAAGGCAUCUACGUGACCAGAAUCUCGCCAGGAGGACCAGCAGACGAGGCAGGCUUGAAGAUGGGAGACAAAAUAAUGCAGGUGAACGGCUGGGACAUGACCAUGGUGACCCACGACCAGGCCCGGAAAAAGCUCACCAAGAAGAACGAGAGCGUGGUGCGGCUACUGGUGACCAGGAGGUCCCUGGAAGACGCUGUGAAACAGUCCAAGGGCGGUUACGCCCAGCAGUAGGUUUGGUGUAAGAAUAAUGAUCAGGCUGGAACCAAGGACUGAACACACACACACACACACACACACACACACACACACAAACACACACAGGGACACUCCCACAAACUCAGGUCAUGGUUGAACUGUGGCCUCUCCAACUUUGUCAGUGCAGACGAUAAAUCUUAAAGACAUUUCUUGUAGCUGCUGUUUGCUUUUUCACAACAAAUCGAUCUUUUUACAGUGUGCCUUUAAUUUUGAGUCCACCAUUUGAUUUGUUUUGCCUGUGUCUGACCAGAGAUCAAAGAAUUGAUGGACAGGACAAAUCAGAAACAUUCCUCGGUGUUGAAUGUAUCGUCAUCUCAUUUCAAUAAGAUAUUUUGAAUAUAAUUCUUGCUAAGAUUCCAUCAUCAUCACCAGAAGCUGAGGUGUCGUAACUCUAUCAUUUAAAUACAGUACCUUAUGUUAUAAACGUUCUUUUUAAUACCAACAAACACUGUUUAUUUAAUAGCAUAACAAUGUUUUUGUACUAAUUUCACAGACUCAUUCUUUAGUUGUACUCAUUUAGGUUUUCAUUGUUGGAAUCAGAUUGUAUCAAACACUAGAAUGUGACCCAUCCCUUCAUUUGCUGUUUCUGAAACACAUUACUGCCGGUAAUACUACGUAAUACUGCAGGUGAGUGAUUUACUGCUAAUGACAAAUAAUAUUUAGGUUUUAUAAGAUUGUGAUUACACUACUCGUCUACCAGGGUCUUUAGCUCGCUGGCUUAUUAUGUUGUGGGUAAGUUAACACGUUUUGUAGGGUUUUGAUGUAUAAUAUUAUAAACAACAUUAUUAUUAUGUUGUUUAUAAUAUUAAUAUUAUAAUAAUAACAUGAAAUAAUGAUAAUAUUUGUGAAAAUUUUCAUUCCAAAAUGAAACAUCUACUCUUGUGCACUAUUGCCAUGCAUGAGGCGUAGGGGCGUUGUGUUCCGCUCUGAGUGAAUAUUAAAGGUACAGUCUAAAAAAAACAUAGUGUUUUUGUAUGAAAUUGCUUGAGCUGGUUUGAAAGCUUUUAAAUUAUGUGAUUUUGGAAUGAAAACUUUGAUUCAUACUUUAUAUCACUGGGUCCUGAUACCAUUCCUUAACAGGGUUUCUCUACCGUGGUACCUUUUAACAGGGGGGGGGGGUUGUGUACAAUCACAUAUAGUGUUUUCUGCCCACCUUUGUUUGUUCUUGUUCCCUGCCAGCUGAGCAGACGUUUUGUAUUUGAUUGUAUACUGUGUACUCUACUGAACACGACAUACUGAACCACUUGUGCCUCUCUACCUUUUGUUACUGACACACCAAAGCCCUAGGAAGCUAAGGAUGCUAAACAGCAAACCCACUUUUAUGUCCCAGGCCCAUCUCUUAGCUUCAUGGUGCCAGUUAUGAAGUAAUCAGCUGACAUUUCCAAGCAAAGAAUCUAUUCCCUGACCUUUGAGUGUUUACCAAGCAAUUUUGGUACCGAGAGCUUUCUAUACUUUCAUCUCCUAAAUAUGUGAGGCAGAAGCCGAUCACGCGUCUUUGAAGUGAGGACACAAAUAAAUCACACUUCUUUUGUACCACAAUUUGAAUUGAAAGCAGUUACAGUGAGAAACAAAUACUACAUGUUUAUCCUUGACUCACUGUGAUUGUAACUGUAGCGAUCAGGUGACAGGAUGCAGUCAUUUGCUGUGUAGGUUUUUCCCAUUGUCAGUAUUUAUGCCAUUUGUAUUAAGAAGGCAGGAUCCAGGAGCAGACAGUAAGAGAUGGAAACCAAAUAGAGUUGAUAUAAACAGAACUCGUGAAGCACACGUAGAGAGAAGGUUUGCAAAUGUUGUGAGAAUCAAAAUGAGUGAUUCAAUUGAUCACGUCAGAGAAGUGAUUUAUGGAAGAUGAUUAAUAAGUGUAAUGUUUGAUCAAUGGUUGACUUCAUCCGUGUGUAGUGCUUAAAUAGGGAAGUUAAAGCAAUGAUUGAAACAAUAAAACAUUUUAAAAAACCA